AUGACCGGGGUGACGCCACCGGUAGCACGAUCAACAGAGCGGCAGUCGUCGGACUUCGGUCGACAGACGUCAGAUUUCGGGCGGCAAUCGUCAGGUUUUGAGCGGCAGACCACAGAUUUCGGACAUCAGAUCGCGCCGGUGCCGGUAAGGUCGACAGCCUUUGUGAGACAGACGAGUCCCUUGGAGGCCGGAGCCAUAAACGACCUGGAGGACUAUCUCUUCGCCCCGCGUGCACCAGAGCCUGCAAAGGCAUCCAAGUCUGAUACAGAGGCUCCAACUUCAUCGGAAGAAUCCACCUCUGAGGAAUCUGGAGAUGAGGACUCCAUCAGUCUGUGGACAUGGCGCACCUGCGGCUUGCCACUUGGUGGCUUCUUUCUUGCCUUCCUGAACGCCACCGUGAUGGGUGUUUCUUAUGGGUUCUUCCUCGGCUACAUGGGAUUGGACUCAAACGUCAUGAUGUCUGUCACCGCCCUCAUGAAGCUUCCACAAGUGCUGCUUCUUCCGUUUGGAAUGAUGAACGACUGCCUCCCCAUCUGUGGUCAGAACAGGAAACCUUACUUCCUGGCGUCGUGGGUGUUGUGCGGAGGUGCGCUGCUGGUCAUGAGCGUGUGGCCACUGCCUCCGCCCUAUUACUGUCAGUUUCCUGACGGCACCUACGACACGCUGUCGCCUCCCUGCAAUCCAAGCAUUCACAAGGAGAAGAAUUGGUACGUCUUCCCCAUGUUCAUUCUCGUCGCGGGUGUUCAGAUGGGCUGUGUGGCUGGAGAGGGCUUGCUGUUGGAAUACUCGCAGCGAGAGCCUCUGAUGAGGCGCGGGAAGAUGAAGGCAGAGUUCACCAUAGUCACGAUGGCAGGGUCGCUUGCUUCCUCCGUCGUCAUUGCCUUCUUCAUGAACGGCAAGGAGUACUUGGGCACCUUCGACUGGAGUCUAUCUUUCAAUGGCCUGAUGACGCUCUGCUUUUGCAUCUCUGCUGUGCUCCUCGUUGUCUGUGCCUGCUGCGUGCACGAGCCCCGCAAGGUGGAGCGCCCGUCGUUGACGGCGCAUUUGGAGUCCUCAUGGCAUCUGGUCAAAAGCAAGUGCCUCUCCAGCGUACUCUUGUUUGCCUUCAUCAGCCAGUUCUUCUCCGGCAUCACAACCACUGCAGGGCCCAUGGUCCGCUACCAGUGGGUCCAGGUGAAGGUUUUGCAACAGCAGCUGUUCCAGAUGGGGGGCAUGUUCGUGAUGAUGUUGGCCACGGCGGCGUACAAGGUGUACUUCCUCCAGUCUUGUUGGCGGAGGGCAAUCCUCAUUGCCAUUGUGACGGUGACAAUCACUGACGCCAUCCCAACCUUCUUGGCCGUCUUCGAUGUGAUUCGUGACCAGUACUUCUACCUAGGCGAGGAGGUCGUGGCGGCUGUGCCCACAACAGCUCUGGCCCUGGUCCUGAACCUGAUGGUCAUCGAGCUCUCGGAGCCUGGACAGGAAGGCUUGUGCUAUGGCCUCAUCGGAACGGUUAUGCACUCCAGCCAGCCUGUGUCCACGGCCGUCAGCAAUCAAGUCUCCAGCCUCUUCACACCAUCCUUGUCGAAGCCGGAGAAUUAUGCUGCGGACUUGCCUAGCUUUCGAACUACGGUCGCAUGGUCUUACGUGCUGACCUACACGGCCUCUAUGCUUGGUGCGUGUGCACUUCCUUUGAUCCCACGUCAGAAGGCAGAUGCCCAGAGGCGAAAGAGGGACUGGAAGUCUAGCGCUGUAAUGACGGGGCUCGUCUUGGGCGUCCCGGCAGUGUGCCUUCCCUAUGGUGUUCUUGUGAUACUUCUGACCAGCCAACCGGAGACGGCCUGCUUGCGGUGGGUCAGCGGCCAAGGCUGCGAAGCUCAUGGAUGA